UCUUUUUUCUUUUUACAGGUGCUCCGCAGCGCAGAUAAACAGCACCAAGAUUCCUUCUCCUCAUGCCACGUGUCAAGAAACUUGAUUAAAAACACUCCGUCAGAACACCCGCGUAAAGGCAAAUCUUCAUCAGAUCAGAUCCAUCCAUUCUAGACCCGCCAAAUCAAAAUUCCAUUUUCUCCUUUCGGCGUCAAAAAUAAAAAAAAAAAUAAAAAAAAAAUAAACAAAGCCAAGAGAAAAAGGCUCGCAGAUAAUUAACCAACAGCCACUGGCUAUCAGAUCUGAGAUUGAGUUUUGAGCAAUGGAGGAAAAGCUGAUACAGAGAUUGGAAUCGGCGGUGGCGCGCUUGGAGGCGCUCUCGGCGGGAGGCUUCAGGGCCGGAGGUUCGUCGGAGAGCGGCGGUGAUAAUGCCGCGCCGGUGGAUCACUCGAUUCUGGCCUUCGACGAUCUGACGGGGCAGUACUUGUCUAGGGUUUCCGCUGCGGCGGAGAAGAUUGGGGGACAAGUUUCUGAGGUCACCAAGAUUCUCCAGGAUGCUUUCGCUGUUCUCAGGGAGCUUCUCGUCAAGGUUAAGCAAACACAGAAACCAGACCUUGCAGGACUGGCCGAAUUUCUCAAGCCGUUGAAUGAAGUAAUCACGAAAGCAAAUGCAUUGACAGAAGGAAGGCGAUCUGAUAUCUUUAACCACUUGAAGGCUGCAGCUGAUAGUCUUUCAGCUUUAGCAUGGAUUGCGUAUACGGGAAAAGAUUGUGGAAUGAGUAUGCCUAUUGCACAUGUGGAAGAGAGUUGGCAGAUGGCUGAAUUUUACAACAACAAGAUUCUGGUACAGUACAAAAGCAAAGACCCAAACCAUGUAGAGUGGGCCAAAGCCCUGAAGGAGCUUUAUUUGCCUGGUCUGAGAGACUAUGUUAAGAGUCACUAUCCCUUGGGUCCAGUUUGGAGUGCCACUGGUAAAGCAGUCACUGCUGCUCCAACAAAAGCUCCGACACCAAAAGCCCCUGCCCCUCCACCUCCUCCACCAGCUUCUCUUUUCGCUUCUGAAUCUUCCCAAGCAUCGUCAUCAGGUCCCAAACAGGGGAUGUCUGCUGUUUUCCAAGAAAUUAAUUCUGGGAAGCCUGUGGCUGCUGGUUUAAGAAAGGUUACGGAUGAUAUGAAGACAAAGAAUCGCACCGAUAGAACUAGUUUUGUUGGUGCCAGUGAAAAGGAAACUCGUACCAGUUCACCCUCCUUUUCCAAGGCAGGUCCUCCAAAACUGGAGCUUCAAAUGGGCCGUAAGUGGGUUGUUGAGAAUCAAAUUGGAAGGAAAAACUUGGUGAUUGAUGACUGUGAUGCAAAACAAUCUGUCUAUAUAUUUGGAUGCAAAGAGUCUGUUUUGCAGGUUCAAGGGAAAGUCAAUAACAUUACUGUUGAUAAGUGUACCAAGAUGGGAGUUGUAUUUACGGAUGUUGUGGCUGCUUUUGAGAUUGUAAAUUGCAAUGGGGUUGAGGUGCAAUGCCAGGGUUCAGCUCCAACAAUUUCGGUUGAUAAUACGGCGGGCUGCCAAUUAUAUUUAAGCAAAGACUCUCUUGAGGCAUCAAUAACAACUGCUAAGUCAAGUGAGAUUAACGUGUUGGUGCCUGGUUCUGGGCCAGAUAGUGAUUGGGGUGAGCAUGCUUUGCCACAACAGUUCGUACAUGUAUUUAAGGAUGCCCGCUUUGAAACCAUUCCAGUCUCCCACUCUGGAGGGUAAUUGGUACUUAUUUCAGUUGCCAAUUGCAAUUUUCUUCCCUCAUUUUAUUUCUGGAGCAAUUGAGAGUGGUUUUCAUUUUCUUCUUUUGUUUUGAGUUAGUUGGUUUCGGCAUAUAAUGGUUGAUCUAUUGAUGUUGUUGGUUCUGCUUCUGGCAA